AUGGCAACCGAGUUUGAAGAUAUCAAAUUGGAGGAAAUUCCGGUAGAUGAUGUUGAUUUCAUCGACUUGGAAGAGCAAUACAAGGUCACAAAUGAUUUCAGUUUUGAUCAAUAUAUUGUUGUGAGUGGAGCGCCAGUGAUUCCAGAAUCUAAGGUUCCUGUGCUGAAGAAGGCUUUGACGGGUCUUUUCUCUAAAGCUGGCAAAGUGGUGGAUAUGGAGUUUCCCAUUGAUGCCGAGACUAAGAAGAGUAAAGGAUUCUUAUUCGUGGAAUGUGCGUCUGCAGCGGAUGCUGAUAGAAUAAUCAAGGCUUUCCACACCAAGAGACUGGAUUUGAAGCAUAGACUAUAUCUCUACACUGUGAGAGACGUUGAAAAGUACAACUCUGAUUCGUUCGAGGUCGAGUUCAAGGAGCCUGAUAUGCCGGGAUUUGUUCCGUCGAGCGCUUUGAAGAGCUGGCUGCUGGAUGAGCAAGUUAGGGACCAAUAUGUGGUGCAGAAGGACGAUUUGACGACCGUUUUCUGGAACUCGUCUCUGGAAGACGCUGACAACGUUGUCGAAUCAAGGGAAAACUGGUCCAGCAACUAUGUCAGGUUCUCACCAAAAGGUACCUAUCUUUUCUCGUACCACGACCAGGGUGUUGUUGCCUGGGGUGGACCUCAUUUUGAGCGUUUGAGAAGAUUCUACCAUCCUAACGUGAGGACUUCUUCUGUGUCGCCUAACGAAAAAUACCUGGUCACUUUCUCAGCGGACCCCAUUCUGUGCAAGGAUGACGACAAGGACUCUCCAUUCAGCAAGAGAAACGAAGGCCACCAACUUUGUAUUUGGGAAAUCGCAACUGGUCUUUUAAUGACCACUUUCCCUGUGGUGAAAAGCCCAUUUUUGCACUGGCCUCUAGUCAGAUGGUCGUUCGAUGACAGGUACUGCGCACGUAUGGUCGGUGAUACCCUUGUGGUGCACGACUCUAGGAACGGUUUUGCUCCAAUGGACAAUAAGGCUCUGAAGGUUCCCGGCAUCAGGGACUUUUCCUUUGCACCAAGCGGUGUCAAACUAUAUCCUUUCAGACAGAACGACGAGCCAUCAGUACUGUUGGCUUACUGGACGCCUGAGACAAACAAUAUGUCCUGCAAAGGUACUGUUGUCGAGGUUUCUCGCGGCAGGGUUUUGAAGACUGUGAAUCUGGUUCAAGUCUCCGACGUUUCCUUGCAUUGGCAAAAUCAGGCCGAGUUCCUGUGCUUCAACGUUGAACGUCACACCAAGUCCGGAAAGACCUUGUUCAGUAACUUGGAGAUCUGUAAGCUGACUGAGAAGGACAUUCCUGUCGAGAAGAUUGAAUUCAAGGAUUGCGUCAAAGCUUUUGAAUGGGAACCAAAUGGGAACAGAUUUGUUGCUAUCGCUGACCGUGACAUUGGUGACGAUAAUCCAGCUAUUCCAAGGCACGUAAUAAGCUUCUUUGCACCUGAAGCCAGAGAGAAGGAGAAGGGUCAGCAAGUUGCUGGUGUCAAGAAAUGGAAGAAGGUGGUAGAGAUAGCUGACAAGUUCUCAAACACUGUUUCAUGGUCGCCAGCUGGUAGAUUUGUUGUGAUUGCCACUCUUGUGAAACCAAACGUCCGUAAAUCGGAUUUCCUAUUCUUCGACAUGGACUUCGCCGGUGAGAAGAACAUCAAUGAUGUCAAAGACGUCCAAGCCUCCGUGAAGGACGUUGCUAAGCCAACUUUCAUGUCCGCGACCGACAUGACAUGGGAUCCUUCCGGUAGGUUCCUAUGUGUCUGGUCAAGCGCCUUGAAACACAAGAUGGAGAACGGUUUCAAGAUCUACAACGUCGGUGGUGCGCUGGUCAAGGAGGAGACUAUCGCCAACUUCAAGAACUUCGCUUGGAGACCAAGACCUGAGUCUCUGUUGAGCAACGCUGAGAAGAAGAAGGUCAGAAAGAAUCUAAGAGAGUGGUCCGCUCAAUUCGAGGAGCAAGAUGCCAUGGAAGCGGACUCCGCCAUGAGAGACUUGAUCUUGAGACAACGUGAACUAUUGAAAGAAUGGCACGACUACAGAGAAUCGAGCUCCGAACGCAUGCUCGAAGUCUUUGGUUACAAAGCCUUCGACGUUCCUCCGCUGGAUGGCGACGAAGACGAUUACACCAUUAUUGAAGAAGUGAAGGAAGAGAUUCUCGAAGAGACGGAGGAAAAGGUUGACGAUGAAUAA